UGUAUUGUAACCUACACGUAAAGGUACUCGUACAUGCUCGAACAAACACCGGGACUCAGUGUCUACUGCUAGCAGCAAGCUGCGAACGAACAUGUUCACUAAAAUUAAACGAUAUUUGCGACGAUUUUAUAAACAAAAAUCAAAUAUAUCCAUUAAGGAGAUACUACAGCCAAUGUCGUAUAUAAUAUUAUUUUUUGGUUUAAUGCCGUAUUCUCUUACAUACAAUGAAAGAGAACAAAACUUUACAAUAGUAAAAAAAUCAUGGAUUAAACGACUCUCUUUGUCGAUCUGCAACGUGGCGUUCUUCACUGUAUUUCACUUUUACCACACAUAUUUAUACAUCGCAGCGCAAUCGCACAAUGAGACCGGUUACGACUUUUAUAGUUUUUUUAACUAUUUACUUCAGGGAAUAUUAGGAUACUCGUCCUGCUUGACGUACUAUGUGGAGGUGUACCGCCACCGCGAGGCGAGCGUGGCCAUGCUGCGCGCCCUGUGCGCCGCGUGGCGCGAGGCACGAGGCGAGGCACGGCGCGGGGCGGCGCCGCGAGGUAGCGAGACUCCCGGCCGCAUGCUGCUCAACGUCUAUGUCAUCCUUCUCCUACUGCUGCUCAUAAGCUCCCUGCGUUUCACGCUACUCUCCAUCACCGUCAAGAGCCAGGGCAGCAUACUCCUUCUCUUCUUUAAGUACGCCCCGCUGUACUUAGAGACGAUCUCGUUUGUCAUCCUCGCUCACAUUUACGUGAUAAUGCUGUUAUUAGUGACCACGUUGAUGCUCAUGAAGGAGACAGUGUUGAGUGUUGCGCGACAGGAUGGUGGGCCGGCGCUGUCGGACGCGGCGCGCGCGGGCCGCGUGGUGGCCGCGCUGCGCCCGCUGCGCCGCGCGCACGCCAGCGCGCACCGCUGCCUCGCGCUGCUCAACCGCUGCUUCCAGGGAACCAUCAUCCUGUGUUUUAUGCAAGCAUUUGUUACCUCUAUAGCUACAAUGCAUAUUAUUUUUCAAGAUGUUCUAUAUAAUUUUACAGUGCUGGAUUGGUAUAAUAGGGUUUUGACUGUGGUGUGGUUUCUAUUUCUAUUAUUAAAAGUGUAUGUGUUAGGACAUGCUGGUCAGCUGAUUGAAAAAGAGAUUCAACACUUUGCCAAGGACAUGAGCUGCAGAAAAAUGAGGAUAUCGAUAUUUGGAUAUUUUCCGUUAAGAUCCAAUGUUCUUUUUAACAUAAUUGCAGCAAUAAUGUCGUACCUGAUAGUGAUAGUUCAGUUCGAUCUGGUGAUCAUCCGACAGAACCUCGCCGCCAGCGCCGCGCCUGCCGGUGCCAACUUCAGCUCUUCAUACAAUAAUGCCACCUUGUAA